UCAGUCUCACAGCCCCGAGAUCAUGACCUGAGUCAAAACCAAGAGUCGGAUGCUAAACUGACUCAGCCACCCAGGUGUCCCCCUUUUAACCUAUAUUUGUCUUUGUAUUUAAAGUGGGUUUCUCGUAGACCACAUGCAGUUGAGCUGUGUCUCUGACCCACUCUGAUGGUCAGUCUUUCCAUAGGUGCAUUUGGACCAUUGAUGGUCACAGUGAUGACUGGUAUCAUUGGGCUGAUGUCGACCACACUUGUGACUCUUCUCUAUUUGUUGCCCUUGGUCUUUGUCCUGUUUUUUGUCUUCCCCUCUUCUUCUGCUUUGCAUGGUUUUAACUGAGCAUUUUAUAUGGUUCUGUUUUCUCUCCUUUCGUAGCGUAACAGCUAAACUACUUUUUCACUGGUUUUUGUUGUUGCCCUACAGCUUGCAGUCCGUGUACAUGUAAUCCACUUCCACUUUCAAAUAACACCGUGUCAGCUUCCAAGUGGUAGGAGUGCCUUCUGGUCACGUGGUCACCCUGAGUCCGACCUCACGUGCCUCGUGUCCGCCGCCACAUGUUUCAUUACCUGCAAGUUGUGAUCAUUGACUGCCGUCGUGGCUGUUAUUGUGAAUGAACCCCUGAUAGAUGAAGAAAGAAUAAGAAAAGCACUUUUUUACUUUUCUUUCACUUAUUCUCCUCUUAUGUGGAUUUGAGUUUCUGGCCCACGUUACUUUCCUUCUCUGAGAAGAACUUCUUUUAACCUUUCUUGCAAGGUGGGCCUGCUGGCGGAUCCCCUCCAUUUUAGUCUGAGAAAGUCUUUGUUUCUCCUUCACUUUUGAAAGACGGUUUCACAGGGUGUAGAUCUAGGUUGGUGGGUUUUCUUCUCUCGGUGCUUUUAAGAAUUCACUCCACUGUCUUCCCACUCACACGGUGUCUGAGGAGACAUUCUUUGCUCCUCCGUUGGUGAGGUGUUUUUUUCCUCCAACUUCUUUCGAGACUAUCUUGGUCUUCCACUUGUGAAUAUGCUAGGCCUGGCUGUAGAUUUUUGGCGUACCGCCUUAAACCUGCUGUCCGCCGAGGGCAGGUUCAGACUGCACCCAGCAGAGCGAGUGUUCUGGAACCGGGGCCUGGCUCUGGCCCAGCAGACCCUGCAGUGUGUUCUCUCUGCAGGAAGGCUGCGUGGCUUGGACGUUCUCACUGGUUCUUGUCAGACCUGGAAGUGCUUGCUGGUGCCUGCCGCUUCCUCUGUGUGAGAAAGGAGUGGGCGGGCGCCGAGGGAGGGACCGUGCUGGCCGGGGACAGGGCUUGCAGCUGUGCUGGCCAGGCUGGGUGGGAGGCGGGUGCCAUCUGUGCCGCGCGCAGGGCUGAGUGCCCCUAGAGACAAGGAGCAGGAGUGCCGGAGGUCCCGCUCCGAGUGGCUGGCGGGGGUGUCCGAGUCUGACAGCUGCGCAAGCAGCCCAGGGAAGACCAGCCCAGAUGGUGGACUCACAGAAGCGUGGACAUCUAAUAAAAUGGUGGUUUAAGCCACUAAGUUUUGGGGUAGUUUGUUACUCAGAAGGGGCAGCUGACAGACCUCUGCCCAAGCUGGGCGGAGGCCUGUCCAGCAGGCUGCUUGCGUCACACGGUCUGUGCUUCUGGCCGAACCCCAGGGGCUGGGCGGGACUAUUCUUGCUCAUCUUGGGGCGCGUCCCCCCCGUACAGGGCCUGAUGUGAGGUGUGCACUGAGUCAGUACCUGUGGGCUGAGCGAGUACAUUCACGCCAGCGCUUUCACAGCUGCCCUCGAUGAGCCUUUCCUCACCGGUCUGCCCACACAGCAGGGCUGGGGCCUGGAGGGGGUCUGCGGGAAGUCAGCAGGUGCGUGGUGGCAGGACAUGGCUGGGUGUGGGAGAGGCCCGUGCUCUGGCAGUGCACAGCGGGACCGGUGGGCUGCGGCCUCUGGAGAGGGUCACACCUGCCCAGAUGGGGCGGGGCCGUGUGCAUCCCCCCACCGCCCCCCCGCAGGCUCGGGCUCUGAGGCUCAGGAGGACAGACAGCAGGAGAGGAAUGGCUGGGCAUGCAGUGCUGCUGGGGGGACGCGCGGCCGGGCUGCCGAGUAAGUCCAUGGCUGGGUGCACGUCAGGGCUCCACGGCGCUGGGGUCACCGUGCUGCAGCUCCAGGCCGGGCUGCCGUCUUGUUAGCCUUUUUUUUCUUCUUGAAGUUUUUCAUUUUAGCCAUUUGAAAACAGACCGUUCAGCGGCGGUAAGUACAUCCACCCUGUAGCCGUCCCACUGCCCGCCUCAAGGAUCCGUCUCAUCCUCCCAAGCUGGGACUCUGUCCUGUAAAGUGCUAACCCUCCACCCUGACCCCAGCCGCUGGUGCCCCUGCCCGCUCUCUGUGUCCGAACUUGGCUGCUCUUGAACCGCGUAAAAAGGAAUCCCACACAGUAUCUGUGUUUGGUGACGGCUGACGUCCCUGAGCGUGAUGUCAUCGGGGUUCACCCAUGUUGUAGCAGGUGUCAGAUCGUCCUUGCUUCGAUCGGCUGGAUAACAUGAGCGUUUUGUUCGUCCGGUCAUCGGUGGUGGUUGAUGGACACCGGGUGGCCUCCCCGUUAGGCUUUGUGCGCAGUGCUGCUGUGAACGCAGGUGUCCGGAUGCCAGGUGGUGACCGGUUCUUUGGGGGAUGGGCCCAGAGGUGUGACUGCUGCAUCGUAUGGUGGUUCUGUGUUUAAUUUUUUGAGACACCCCUGUACUGUCGUGCACAGCAGCCGCCCACUUUGCCAACGGCACGGGGUUCCAGGUUCUGCACUGCCUUGCCCAUGCUUGUCGCAUUCAGACAGUUGCCAGCCUAGUGACGGACAUGACCCGGGUGAGCCUGGGGCCUGCUUUGGAGCCUCUGUGAUUCGUGGGGACAAGAGCUGUGGCUCAGGGGUCAGGGGCACCCAGGGCGGUGGCACCGCAGCUGGUGGGUGGCCUGCCUGCCCCAUCCAGGGCCGGCGCAGAAGUGUCCUCGGCAGGGCCAACACCCUUCCGUCCAGGCAGUUCUCAGGCGCAGGUGGGGUCGUACGUAUCUGUGCUUUGAAAACUGAGACUCGGCAAACACAGACACACUCAGGGUUCACAGUUGUCCUGUGUCUGCUGCUGAGACCCUUUCCAGGGAGACCUUGGGGUUUGCUGUGCGGGGCUGCAGAGGGUCCGACCUCAGCCCCAGGCCCAGCAGGCGCAGCCCUUGUUUUAUGCAUUGGUCAGCCUUAGGGAUCCCCUCGUGAUUGCCUCCCCUCCUUUAGGCUUUCCAGAACCUUCCAGUUACCAGGCCCCUAUUCCUCACGUGACCACAUUUCCCCCGGGACAUGCCCCCAUGUGUCAGGCACUGCCCGUGUUUGAUCCCGCGGACUCUUCUCUGCACCUGUGACACAGAUGCGGCGCCUUCUUCGGGCCGCCGUGACAGGCCAGCUCAGAUGCCGUGGCACGUUCACCCUCACCAUCUGGAGAUCGUGGUGGCCGGGGGUGCUGGAAGCUUUGGGGCUCCUUGGCUCGUGGAAGCAUCUCCCGAUUGUGCUUGCAUUGUUACACGGCAUCGUCCCUGUGUGCCUCUGUCCACACCUCCCUGUUUUAUAAGGACACCAGUCCUAGUAGAUGUGAGCCCCCCCUAGUGACCUCAUUUUAGCUUCAUCCCAUCUGCGUAGACCCCAUUUCCAAAUAAGGUCACUUCCUCAGGUGCUGGAGGUUAGGAUGCCAGCAUGAAUUGGGGCGGGGUGAGGGGGACACGUUCAGUCCAUCACAGGAGGCAUUAGGAUCUCGCUCAUGAGAGAGAAACUGAGGCACAAAGAAUCCCUCCAUAGGCCCCACAGCUCCAGGGAGAGGCACUGGGGGCCCCCAGGUGCUCUGUGUACCUCCCCCUGUCAUGGCUUCCAGGCCCUCCCGGGUCUUGGCGGUCAGGGACUGUGGUUGGUCCUUCAGCAGCCUGCACUCCGUCUGCUGCCCUGCCCUCGGGUCCCCUGUGACUCUGGCCGAAGGUCAUGCAGUCAGGCCUCCCCCUGAGAGGGCAUCCACCUCUCAAGCUCAUGAGCCUCGAGUCUGUUCAGAGUCUCCCAGGCCCCAGGCCUCUGCUGUUGAGAAGGUGGGGCCGCGGGGCCCUCAGUCCACCACGGAGCCCCGGGUCCAUGACCACUCUGGAUCCUGGUCCGUCCUUCCCCAUGUGGAGGCUGCCACCUGCACUGGCCGUGGCCCCCAGGCUUCCUACUCUGCACUUGCGCCCCAGGGUGGCCCUAGCUCUCGGCUCCAACAGGAAAGGGCGUUCUGCCGGGGGGGACAACAGGGACUCGGGAAAAAUCCGUGGAAUCGUCUUCAGAUGACGUAAACAUCACUCUUUUUUAAAUGUUCUCUUCAGUGUUUUCUGCGUUUUCAUGCUUCCCUGCACUUCCUGGUUUUGGCUGCGGUCAAAUAGCAGAAGUACUGAAAUAUUUCUCCCGAAGCGUCUCAUGGUGCUUCUGGUCUGGCCUGAAACAGGAAGUGCUGUGAAACGUGUCUCUAGAAGUUUCUGUGUCCACCCUGGGCUCCAUGCACAUGGCCAGGGGUCCCUUCGGUGCGCUCAGACUCUCUACCCGGGAGGGAUCUGCUCCCAGCCUGGGGAAGAGCUGGUUUGGGGGAACGUAGGAGCCCGUCUGUGUCACGUCGGGGGGGGCUGCAGCACCCAGCACAGACCAGGUGCAUCGGCCAGUGGACACUCGUCCUGGUCCUGGAGGCUGAUGUCGGAGGGCCAGGUGGACAGGGCUGCUCCACCCGAGGCCUCUCCCUGGCUGGUAGAUGCUGUCCUGUGCCAUAUCCUCACACGGCCGUCCCUCUGUGCGUCUGUGCCCCCCUCAUAGGGAUGCAGUCAUAUGGGUUUAGGGCCUGUGAGUGCACCUUAACUGGAUCCCCUCUGUAGAGGCCCCGUGUCUGCUGUCCCGUUCCGGGGAGCUGGGGGCCAGGGCUCGACACAUGGGUAUUAGGGAGACACAGUUCAGCCUUCAAGACCAUCUUUGUUGUUUUUUAAGACCCUAGAGAGGCGGAAGGUGAAGCUGGUAACCAUGUUGGGUUAAACCCUAUCUUCGAUGGAGCACAGCGUGUUCUGGGGGCUGCGUGAGGCAGCCGACCAGGACCCUCCAGACCGCCCCUAGGGGCAGGACAUGCAGCUGGGAGGGCGCUGGCACCCCCGCGUCCGGAGGUUUUCAGGGGGGACGCAGAUUAUUGUUUUUAAUUUGGUGAACUACACGUAAGAGUUACCAUACAGUGAGGGCAGUCAGCGCUGCGGGGCCACGCCAGCAUCUGGUUCCAGGACCCUCAUCACCCGCCCAGCAGCCCUCUGCCUGCCUCUAGGGACUUGUCCAGCCUGGGUCGCAGUGGAUUUGGGAAACUGUUCUGGCUCCUGGAAACCCUCCUGAGCUGGUCCUCAGAGAAAAAAACUAUAGAAAGAGGCUGUCUGGGGCUUGGAUCCCAGCUCUGCCCUGACCGCUGGGACCACAGCCAGGGCCCAGGGUCCUCGUCUGUCGGUGAGCGUGGCGGAGGCGUCUGGACGUGCCGCAGACGGCCGCUCUCCCCAGAGCCCUCAGCCUUCCUCAUGCUGCCCCAUGCGGGGGGACACCUGCCCACGGGGCCCCCAGCGGGCCAUCCAGACUGCUUCUCCAGAAACCACCUCAGGGGGGCCGGGAUUGACGGAGAGGGGCUGUGCAGGUUGGGGAGACGGGUAGGGGUGGGUCCCAGGGCUCUGGAGGGGGAGUAAGCCUCCAGGUUGCCUGCAAGGCAGGGUGAGUAGGGUCUUCCUUACCCCUACCUGGUCCAUCGGCUCCCAAGCUCUGGCCACUGGAGCCCGAGCACCCAGAGCACCCCUCUGUGGGAGUGGGGGUGGGGGCGUCUGCGGUAAAGCCAUCCCUCCAGCAGCCUGGGGGGGGCAGUGCCCAGCCUGGUUUCCACCUGCCCCGCUGCUCCCACCGCAGGACCAGCACUCCGUCCGGAGCGCGGGCAGGUGACGCGGCGUCACGGGCCUCAGCUGUCUCUGUUGGAGGAAGUUGGUCCGUGUAGGGGAUUUUGAGGGGGAUUUCCAGCCAGGGACCAGCUUUUAUUGAAAGUGCUUAAUGGGUCCGAAAGAUCUGUCCUUUAGCAAAUGAGUCACCUUGGAGGAAAGAGAGCGGCCACAGCAUCUUUGGGUCCCAAGCUGGGCCCUGGCGCGGUGGCCGCAUGGGGCCAUGUCAGGCUGCCGAGGGAGGGCGAAGGCAACCUCCUCAGCCCGGCGCUUCCUCCCGGCGGGCAGGUGCCGUGUCUCGUGGUUGCUGCUGCGUGUCACCUGUGCCACGGAGGCCCACGUGUGCUUUGUUCUGCUGUAUCUGGCAUUCGAUUUGGUGAGCUGCCCCCACCACCCCUGCAAAGGCUGACAGCAGGAACCAAAGCACACGCCGGGACUGUGUGGAGCCCCCGAGAUGUGCUCCUGUGGGUGUCUGCAGGGAGAGGUGACGCUGGCCUCCAGCCCGAGCUCCAGGCCACCCCCUUGCCGGCCAAGCCCAAGGACAUCAGAACUCAGAGCUGCUGUCCCGAUGAGGGGCUUGGCCUGUGCUGCCCUUUGUGAGGCUCCCGGGAGGCCACGCUGGCUGCAGGGGUGGGCGGUGGACGUGCCGCUCACUGUCCCGUGGAUACACGGACGGUCCUUCCCCAUAGAAAAGCCCUUAGUUACCCCAAGAUGGUUCUCCCUGGUCCCAGCGGAGAAGAGCCCACUGAGGACAGCAAUGGAAGGAGAGGGAAGGAACAUCCAGGGGCUGCCUCCGAGAGCAGAGCUGCCUGGUGGUGGCGUGUUCCCGGGGCGCACGCAAACGCUCACAGACCUGGUAAUUCUGGGCGCGCGGGCCAGCACGUUUCCAACCCUGUGCGCUGCCGCUGUUCCUUCCUGACUUCCGAGUGGCCGCCUGGCAUCUUGUCAAGGGGCAUCCACGUGGAACUCCCUCCCCACCCCGUUGUUUGGACGGUGGGGUGGUGUUCAGGUUUUCCUGAUAAAAUGAAGUUGGGGGGGCGCCUGGGGGGUGAAGUCGGUUGCACCUCUGACUCUUGGUUUCAGCUUAGGUCAUGACCUCAGAGUCGUGGGAUCGAGCCUCACGUCGGGCUCCGCGCUGAGUGGGUGGUCUGCUUAGGAUUCUCUUUCUCCCUCUCCCUCCACUCCUCCCCCCAAUCUCUCUCUCUCUCUUUCUUUCUCAUAAAUAAAUCUUUAAAAAGACAAUAAAUGAAGUUACAAAGAAUGUUUUGGCCUCUGAGACUUUUCCUUCAGGGCGUUUUCUCGGAAAUGGGGUCAUGGAAUCAAGGUUAGGGACGUCUCACAGCCGAGUUGCUGAACAGAAAGUCUUAGGGUGUGAGCUGUUCUCUCGUGGAUGCUUUUGGGGCCCCUGCAGUCUUGCGGGCCUGACUCCAGGGCCCUCAUGCUCGCGGCCUUGGGCAGGAGGGUCCCCAGGGCCUUCCCUGGGGGCUUCUGCGGCGAGAUGCCCUUCUCCCGGGAAGCCCCACUCGCGGGCUGCUCCGGCCGUGGCUGUGGCCGUGGCUGGUGGCUAAUGGUGGAAGUUCCCACCGCACGUUCCCUCUGCACCCCUGGGCUUGGGUGGGUGGCCCCACCGGAGCUCAGCUGUGUCUCGUGUGGAGGGUCCUGCCAGGUUCUCAGCACACCGACUGGACUUUCUCUUGAUGUAUGGGUGGUCGGCCAGCAGGGGAAGGUGGGCUCGGCUCUCAGAGCCAAGGGCCAUGGCUGGGUCAGGACCAGGGCCGAGCUGAGCAUGGCUUUAGCGGGUGCCGUCAUCAUGUGUGUCACGGCCCACCUUCCUGCUGACUUGGGGCAAGUGGGAGCACUCAGAACUGGGUUGCGGGAGGUGCUUGGCCCCGGGGGGCUCCUGGGGCCUCCCUGGGGGUGUAGGUGGCCACCCCAUGCCUGGCCCUCCGUGUCCCUUCUCCCUGAGACUCAUGUUCCUGGAAGCUUCUGCCAACAGAGGUGCCCACCGAUGGCAGAAGACUCAGUUCCUCCGACCCCACCCGACCUGUGUCCCCCACUCUCCUUCCCCGUGCAACCCCGCCCGGCAUGCACCCUGCCACCGGCAUACCCGAGCCUCAGCCCUGGCCCCUGUGUUCACCCUGUGUUGGCCCCCCGUGGCAGAGAGGGACUCAGUGUAUUCCUUCCUCCUCACACAGCGGCCUGGCGACGCGCUGGCCAGACGUCCUCUGACCAGACCUCACUGGGCUCCUCACGUCUCUGCAUGCUGGGCUCACCCAGCAGCUUCUGGGCCUGUCCCUGCUGAGUCCCGCACCCCCCCGUGCCUGAUCCAGCGGCGUCGAACCGCGCCCCCCGCCCCCACUUGGGGGUCUCCUCUGUAUCCCCAGCACCUCCACCCCGCCUCUGCCGUCAGGAGUCCCACAUGCAGGCCCGUCCUGGGUCCGGGACAGGCCGGGGGGGGUGCUGCACCCCUUUGCUCUCACCGGGAGUUUGCUGGGGGGUGAUCGCUGAGUCCAUGUGUCCAGGCCCACGCCGAGGUCCUGGUGGUUCCUCAUGGAUGAUGUCCACGCCAGGCCUCCCAUUCGUCCCCAGGGUGUGGAACUCGGACCACGUGCUGUCCUUGUCUGUGGAGAGGCACCAAUCCUCCCUGCUACCUGAAUGUGAGCCCGGAAAGCCACCGCGCUCAGCCCAUGGGGAGCCCGGGCUUAUAAAGGGGGCUCUCGGGGGGCCACACUCCCUCCUCGACUCCUGACCCAUGGUGCACCCCCAAGUGUGGGGCUCUGGAAUUUGGCAUUCUAGCCUGAAGUCAUCACCACGGAGGGGACACUUGCUGUCCAGAACCCCCGUGUGUCCCUGCUUGGGGCCCCUGUUUCUUCAUUUCCCCCAACGAUGCGAGGAAACCCAGAGGGACGCCUCUGUGAGUGGCAGGGGCAGGGGAGACGCCGCCCGUCCUCCAGGACUCAGACCCAGGGCCACGCCAGGGCCGCGCCAGGGCCACCUGUCCUCAAAGCUGUGCUGUAAUUCACUAGCAGUCACCUUGGGGCCGCCCUUCCCAGGACCCCCAUCCCCUCCACCUCUCCUGGGCUGGGGCCACCUGGCUCAGUGGGGCCCCUGAGCUUGUAGAGGUCAAGGGGACACGUCAGCCCCCCAGUUCCCAGGGUCCACCUCUUCCAGCAAGUCCCUGACCUCCACCCCACAGCAUCAGGUCACCCUGGUCCGCACUGGGUGCCACACGGGCCCCUCACACUUUGAGUCCAGCUGCAGCCACACCCCAGCCUGGCUCCGGCCUGUUCCUCUCCGCUGGAGGACAGGAUGUCCCCCAGAGUGGCAGUGAGGCCCAUGCUGCCUGGAACAGCCCCGGGGUAAGCAGGCAGGAAGCGGGGGCUCCUCAUGGGGCACAGAAUGCUGUCCCCCAGGCCUCAGGAGGGACCCCGAGGAGAGACACCCUCUUGUAGGCAGUGCAGGAGGGACCCCGUGGGUGGAGAGACAGGGAUGGCCUGACCCUGGGGCAGCCUGUGCCAGGACAGCCGCCACAAGGGGGCCCUGCUGGAGGCCGCCUGGUGGGCAGCGUUCACCCUGCUGACCCCACACCCCCCACCGAGCACCCUGCCACAUUGUUCUGGGGCCAUGACCCCCACCUGCCUGGACCCACAAGCUCCUCCAGGGUUGGGGCGAGCCAAGGGACAGAGCCCAGGCCACGGGCCAUGGUGGACUGGGAGGCCGCCCUGGAGAGAAAUGGGAAGAAACCCCGAGAACACCCGGAAUGGGGGCGGCUGACUUCGCACGUCCCGGGCCCAUGUCGGCUCCUCUUGGACCUAAAAGUCUGAGGCCACAGUCUCAGGAAAUAUUCAGGAAGUCCUGGGAGGCCUGAAUUUCAGGAUGACUGAGCUGGCAGCUUUCAGCCGGGACUGAGCGGAAGUCCCCCCACCCCCAGCCCCGCGGCGGCCCAGUGACAGGAGCGGCCAGGGCCCCGGUUCCCCUUUCGGCCCUUCCCCAUGCACAGGCAGCCUUGUGCGGCCACAUGCGCGGGGGUGACGUGCCUGGGGUUUCUGGGUCAGAACAUGGGCGAUAGCUCCCACGUUCCGUUGUCAAGUUUCCUUCCUGAACCAGUGUUAACCUCAUUCCGACUGUGGCAAAACACACCGUGUCAAAGGUACUGCUCUGACCGUUUCAAGUGAACAGUUUGGUGACACUCGGCACCUUCGCGCAGUCAGGCGGCCGUCCCCACAGUCCAAGUGCAGACUCUGCCACCUGCCCGCUGAGCCCUGCCCCCAGGCCGCCCCCCGCCGUCCACUCGCCCGGGCCCUCGCUCCUCUGGCGGCCUCCUGUGAGUGGACCACACCGCGUGGCCUUCGGUGGCUGGCACAUCUCACUUGUGCGUGGCAGCAGGUGCCAGGACUUCUUCCUCGUCGAGGUUGACAUUUCCUCCUGCGGACGGACCACAGUUCUCCCUUCUUCCACGGGCGCCCACGGGCCGCCUCCACAUCCUGGCCGCCGUGAAUGACGCUGCUGAGAGCAGGGCUGUGCAGAUGCGUCUUUGAGAUCCUGCUUUCACUUCUUUUGGAUGAAUACCCAGAAGUGGAAUUUCUGGGUCAUAGGCUGGCUCUAUUUUUAAUGUUUUGAGGAACCGCCAUUGCUGUCUCCACGGCGGCUGGGCCCCUCGACGCUCCACCAGCCGUGCGCGGGGCUCCACAUUCUCGGCGUCCGCACCAGUUCCUGUUGCCUUCUGUUUCUGCUUUAAAGCCGUGGCCGUCCGCAUGGGCGUGUGCUGUGGGAACCGUGACAUGCGUGUAGGAAAGUCGAAGGCCUGGGGGAGUGAGCGCACACACCUUCCCCCUGUUCGCUUUGCCGCUCUCCCACCUGACAUGUACGUUAUUUUUUGACGUACAGUUUUGAAAGCUGUGGACAUUUGGACACUUCUCCUGGGAUAAGGAGGAUGUCCUAACGGCCUCCCUGCCCUGGAACAUUCCGUAGGAGUGCCCACGGGCAUGUCUCUGCGCUUCCCCAAGUGCUUCCCAGCUCCAUGCCGGCUCCUGCCAGCUUCUCGGAGCCUGGACUCCAUUCUUGAGGACGUUCACUUUGCUGAAGACAGCGACCCGCGCUCUGGGCCUCACUGCCCCUCCGGGGUCCCCUCCCCGGCUUCCUGGAACCUGGAGGGUGGGUCUAGAGCCGCCCUUCCGAACCUUAACUCCACCCUCCAGGGAUGUGCUGCCCUCCAGGGACGGCAAGGCUUCACGUGGAGCAGGGUGCUGCUGGGCCCCGCCACGCAGAGGGGGCUGCCCCGAAUGUCAGGGGUGCUGAGGACAAGCUCCCAGUCCAGCGGCUCGCCGAGCUCCGCGUGGAGCGUCUCCGGCCGGGCCCCGUGGGUGCUGUGGGUGCUUGCUCUCAGGAGACGGGUGCCUGGCAUGGGGCCCCCGACUCUGGCCUCCUGGCCGCGGGGCUGGGACCACUCCCUGGUGCAGGCGCACUACGGAGUCCCGCGGGGCGCCCCGCCGCAGCCCCCAUCAGCCCUUCUUGGUGGCCUCCGCCGCCACCACCGGUCCCAGGACAAGGCGGGAGUCCCGGUGGGGGCUCCAGGGGACUGUGUUCUGGUUUCAUGGGCGCCCCUGUUUACUGGCUGGCCUUCCUCCAUGAGGAAGAGCCCUUCCUUUGGUUCCCCUUCUUUCCAGCCUCUUUUGUUUUUUGUUUGGUUUUGGUUUUAGAUUUAAUAAAAUUUCUCCCUGGAUGUGUGGGUUUUUAUUCCUUCAAGGUGUUAAUAGCGAACUACAGCCGUGAUUCUGUGUGGAGCUCAGCGUGUCCAAAGCUCGGCCACUGACGUGGCGUUCCGGUCCGUUCCAGAGGCCCUGCGCCCUCCCAGCCUCACCGGACCCGUUGUGGGCUUGGAUUUGCCACUUAUCCGGUUCCUCCCGGUGACCUUUCAGACCAGGCCCCGGGCCAGACCACACGUGACCAGUGACCGGCAGCAUGCUUUCUAGGUUAUUCGUGGGACCCGCCGUACAGAAUGUGUAGCUAAGGUGUCGGGGCCUUUGCAGGCGCUGUGGACGUUUCCCUAUGAUGCAUCGUGUCGGGAGGGCUGCUAACCCCGCUCGCGCUGUAUCUGUGUCACCUCUGUCGUGUUCUGAAACUCUCGGUUUCUAAGAAAGUCACUGUAUUACUCAAUCGCUUCGUCUCCCGGAGGACCUGUUUGCGCGGCCACAGCCCCGAACCCGGCGGCUUUCCUCGAGCUCUGGGGGCCUGGCUCCUCACCGGCCGCCGCCGCCGGGCCGGGGCCACAACCCAGUGCGUGCGUGUCGUGCACAGACACAUGUCUGAACAGACCUGUGAUGGGGUUGGGGAUUAUUUGAAAUUUAACUCUUUCCUCAAAAUGCCAGGAGUAAUACCUCUCAUGUGGAUUUUUUUCUCUCAAAUCUUGAGAGUAUUUUGACAAUGUGAGUGUUUUCGGGUACCGCACCUCAGCCCUCAGGGGCAGGGGCUCUGCCGUGUGCCCGCCGGCCUGGCGCCUGCUCCCUGCCCCCCCGCGGUGCUCCAGUGCGACCGUGCUGGUGGCCACGCCGGCUCCCCAGACCAGUGUGCUGCUCCACGUGCCUGCAGCCUGGCCCCAACCUGCCCGCGUGUUCCAGGGGCUCCCUCGGGUCCGUGCAGGGAUGCAGCAGGCCCGGCCGGGGCCCUGGGCUUUCUGCUGUCAUCCUGCUGAGGCCCGCAUCGGGGCUGGCGUUCACGGCAGCGCGUGUCCGUGACCCCCCGGCUGCCUGUCCUCGCCAUCUGUCCAUGCUCCCUCCUAGGUCUGCGUCAGUAGGGACAUGUGGGUGGCCCGGGCUUUCUUUUCCCAAGCUGCUUCCCUUUGGGGGGCAUUUCCUGCUGAGUCAGCCUGGCACGGCGAGGGGCCAGGCAGGACCACUUCACUCUGAGUGAGCGCCAUCCUCUGUGCUGUGCGGCCUGGGGCAGGCUGCCCACUGCUCUGGGCCUCAACUCCCUCACCUAUGAAAUGGGGAGAAUCAAGGAGCUAUUUCUGGAGGUGCUUAGAGGUUAGGGCAGGUGAGGCCAGGGCUGCAGGUGAGGGGCGUGGAGGGUGUCAGGAUGUGAGGAUGUGGCCAGGUUAUCAGCAAGUGGACUCCAGAGAACAUGGCAGGUGUCCACUGUCACUGCCCACGAGUGGAUGCCACCCCCUGGGCACAGGCAGGAGGGGGGCAGGCAGGUGUGGCGACAGGAGGAGAGCUGCCCUGGGGGCCAGAGCAGAGGGAGAUCGUGGGAUGGGGGCAAGCUCUGUCUGGUGGAUCUGGGGAGCUGCCAGGAGCCAGAGCAGGGAGGGACACGGUGGAAUGGCAUCUGGAGGUCCCCUGGCAGCCGUGGAGGGACGCCAAGGUGAGGGCUGGGAAGAGUCGGCCUGAGAAUAUCAACUGGCAGAAAUGAGGGGCUGUGGGGGUGCUAGUUCUGGGGUUGUUGGGGUUUGGCUCUCACCAAGGUACAUCUGAGAUGACAUCGGGGGCUGGGUUGCUGAUUUUGGAGUCUUUCCUGGAGAGAAGCAGCAGGGAGAGAGUGUGAGAGGGCGGGCCGCAAGCAGGGUGGGGGCCGGUGGUCUGAGAGGACCCUGUGUCCUGGGCCUAAUAGGAGAGGAGGCUGCGGUGGGAGACUCUGGUCAGUGGGGUCACUUUGGGAGAACACACGUGAGUUCUGUGUGGGCCCCACGGAUCUAGGGGGACCCUGACCUCAAGGGCAGGGACCAGAGUGGGAGGGGUGUCCAUCUGCUGUGGGGACGAUGAAGGGGCUUAUGGAGGUCCUGCCUGGAAGGAGGAGGCAGGAGCUCAGGCCCCGUCCAGUGGGCACAUGGGGGGCAGGAACAAAGUGCCCACUGCUGUCAGCCUGCAAAGGGGUGGCAGGGAGGCCCAGGCUUCCUCUCCCCUGAGCUUGGCGCCCCCUCUGGUGGGGGGCUCCUCCGAGAGGGUCCAGAGCCCUUGCGCCCUGCCUCGCCCCCCUUCGCAGACCCCAGGCUCCCUUCACCACGAUGACCCCAGGCACACCUGUCUCACAAGAGUGAGAGCACCGUAGCCAACGCGGACGGGGACUCUGGCACACGAGCGCUCCUGUGCCCCACGCCCCAGCCAUGCCCCAGCCACGGCUGCGCUCUCUGUGGAGCCCCCAGGGCAGGCCAGGACGCGGGAACGUGUGGCCGCUUGCCCUGGUGAAUGAACUUGGCUAGACCGCCGUAUCGGAGAGCUGCAGCGUGGCCUCGCCGUGCAGCGGGUGGGGGCGGGACCCCCAGGGCCUCUCUUCCCCUCUCCAGGGCACAUGCCCUGCACCUCCCUCCACUCCAGACUUCUCUGUGACCCCCACCCAGGUUCCUGAGCCCCUCCCCAGCUCAGAGCCCCACUGUCCACGGACACCUGCCCUGCCCCACGCGCUUGGCGCCUCCCUCCUGCACCCACGGGUUGGGGGCAGCUGGUGACCUCGAGCCCCAGACCUCCAUGGGCACUGUGCCCUGCUCUGCAACUGCUCUCUAUCCCUGCCUGGUCCUCUUGCGUUCAGAGUUGGGGUCACUUCCCGGACAGCGAUCCCACUCUCGGGGCCUGAGCACCCUUGCUUUGCCCCCUGCCCCUUGCUGGCUACAGUGAGUCUGCUGUUCCCUGGCCCCAUGGGCCUCACCCUCGUCCCUGAAGUUCACGGCAUGACUACGGGCUGGCCACGCGCGGGCAGACGAGCACUGUCUCUGUAGGGGAGGCCCGUGGGGUUGCAGGGUCGCCCCACUCCCCUGCCCUGGGAGCAGCUGGAGCCCUGGCCUCCAUGUCGAGCUCCUUGGGCCUGACCUUGCCAGGCCUGGCUUGAGGCCCAUUUUCCCUCGUUGACUGUGCUCUGGGAAUUUCCUGGUCAGGCUCCUUGCCACAGACACAGCCCCUGGGGAAACCCCGUGUGAAAGUGGAGUCGCCCAGGUCAGCGGGGAGAGUGCUGGCUAAAGCAGGGCUGGGAGGGGACACCUGCCCUCCUGGGAGAUGAAGGGAGGUGCCUCUUCACACCAGGGUGGAGUGUGUGCCCAGCUCUCACUCUCAAAGGCCCAUCCCUUCAGGCCAUGCCCAGCCUGCCUGGACCUGGCACCUCUCUGAGCUCAGCCGCUCUGCUUUCCAGGCACCUCUGUGCCCCCCGGACUUUGAUGGGCUGUCCCGGUGCCUCCUUCCCGAGGGCCUGUGCUGGGAGGGGUCUAGCACCGCGUGGACGCCCAUCACGGGCUCAUUGGAUGAAAGUCAGUGAACAGCAGCAUAGACUCCUUGAACUUGAAGAGAGCAAAGCUCAAAGGAAAGGGCAUUGUGGCCACGAGAGGGACUCUGGUGGUGGGGGGGUCUAGGAGGGCUGGAGCUGGGGGCUGGGACUAGGUAGCCUUACAAGGCUCCAGGGGGAUGCUGAGGCCCAGAGACGCUGUGAGGCCAGGGCUGAGAAGGAGGAGGGGCUGAGCAUGUUUCCUGCGCGCGUGUCAAGCUCCUCCAGGGAACUGUCCCCGAGCAGUGUCCCUAGGGGCCGCCAUACUGGCUGAAGCCCAGGACGCCGUCCUGUUCUAUCUCCUUGCCCUGACCCCCAAAUAUACCUGCUUCGAGGCCCCUUUCUGCAGGGACCUCUGGUUCCUGGAAGGUAACUGCAGACCCCAUUGCCCCAGGAAAGCUCUAGAAGUCUUGAGGGAGGCUGGGAUUCUAGCGCCCCGUGGUGGGGCAUGUGAGAUGCCCCCUUACCUCUUCUAGUGUGGCCCGUCCAGUGAGGGCCCCUCUCCCAGGAGCCUGAUGGCCACCAGGGCUGCAUUAGGGGGUGUGAUGGGCACCGGGGUGCCUGUCAGACUCUCAGGCUCUCAGGAGAGAAAAAUCCCCUUUCCCACUCAGGCUAAACUGAGCCUCGUGGAAAUGUCGGGCAGGAGCGGGGCUCCGUAGGGACUUUCCUGGGAAGCGGCAGGGGACUUGCCCUGGCUUUUCGUUUCUCCACGUGGGAGCCUGACCCUGAGAUAGGUCGGGCUGGGAGGAAGUGAGCUGUGGGUGGCACCGAGCCGGGGGGCGGAGGGCAAUGUCCUGCCAAGGGAAAUACUGCAGCCCAGACAAGGGCCAUAAACCAGGGGUGGGGACGUCCGCCACCCUGCUGGCCAGGGCACCGUGUGCGGAUUUUGGAGUCCUGGCCUGGUUGGGGGCACACCCCCUGGGUGUUGGGUCGGUGGGUAAGGAGCCCCAAAGCCGGCCCGGUAGCUGGGGCUUCCCCCCUGGGACAGGAGCAGGCUGGCCCCUCCACACGCCGGGACUGUUUCCUCCAUAGAACACGCAGCCUCUGGUUGCUGGGAUGCGGAUGGGUUUGGGUGGGCAGUGGGGGUCGGGUACUCUGUCCCCUCUGGCCACUAGGACUCCUGCCCCAGAACCCCCCACCCUUUCCCGCUGUGGUGUGGGCCUGCCGCUGCCCGACGCAUCCCACCCCAGGAGUGGGGGUCCCAGGGCACACGUGGCAUCCCAGCACCUGGGACCAGGUGGCAGACCCAUUAGCGGGCAGGGUAGGUGCUCUAGGCCCAUGGGAGCGGGUGUCGAGCCCCUGGCAGAGGAAGCCACAGCCGGUGCUGUGGGGUCCUCAGGUCUCAGGUGAGGAAGGCCCCGAAUCCCACUGGGAAGUAGGGCAUGCCGCCUUGUGGGGGUGAACCAGCCUCCUCCCAAGGCAGUCUUCCCAUGGGGCCUGGACAGCGGCGUGCCAUCAUUAGAGGGACACCUGUUGAGUUCUGUAAAAUAACCAACCCGGAGAAGAACUUAGAGGACACGCCUUUAAACCUGCCUGUGGGAGACCCCGUGUGCUCCAGGGGUGGCCCAGACGCGCCGGCUCCAGGCCGGGUUCCCACCCCCCUCCCCAGACCGUGCCCAGGGCCGUUAACGCCCCAGCUCUGCGUGUCCUGCGUGUGUCCUCCACGCGCACAGCCCUCCUGAGAGACAGCAGGGGUUUUACCUUCAUCCUCCAUGGGGAGCUCUCGGGACAGGAGGGGGAGCCCUCAGACGGAAGGGGGAGCCGCUGGCCCGCACUGCCGAGCCCAACCAGGUAACAAGUGUGAAGUGUGUCAUUCCGAGAGCAGUGCGUGCUCGUGUGUGGGGCUGUGACAUGGAGGUAAAUAUCGCCUACACCUUGGGAUAGGUUUGAUCCCCAAAUCAAGCCCACUGUAGUACCAUUUUAAGUGACGACUUCAGGAACGGCAUUGGCGUUAAGAGCAGUGGGAAGGGGCGUGGGAGCCGCGCCUGUCUGCGCUUGCGGUCAGACCUCACAGCAGUCACCCUGUUCGCGUCCUGCUCCUGGGUCCCACUUAUCCUUCCCGAUGCCGUCCCGCCAGCCAGGGGCUCACGGGGCCCUUCCCCAGGGUGAGGGUGGCAGGGGCGGUGUCCUGAGUGCUGACGGAGGGGCUGGACCUUCGUUUGAGUUUCCUGCAGAGAUGAAAACAUCUCGAAUAAGAAAGCUGCUGCUUGCGGACUUGAAGGGGCCAGGGUGGUGGACGUGAUUCAUUCCUCCCAUUAUUUGAUGGGCAGAAAGAAGGUUCUAGGAUGAGCCUUGGUGUGGACAAAGAGGAACUGAACGCCUGCGCCCCUCACCAGCCCCAUGCCCACCCCUGAUGUCCAUCUGGCUCCAGGGACGGGAAGCCCGGCCAUCACAGUCCUGUCCACGGCAGCACUGCUCGGGAGUGACGGACACCAGUCACCUGUGGAGCUGUUGGUGCUGGCUCUGCGGGUCUCAGGCUACUCCCCGAUUCCCAGGCUGCUGUCCUCGGUCCACACCACGGGCAGCACACCAGGCUCACACUCCACGCCACCCUCUCCUCCAACAGGAUCUGAUUCCACCCCCGGCCUGGGCCCAACAGGUGCUCCUGUCCCUGCCCCAGGCCCUGGUCACGCUUAAUGCCUGCCUUGUGUGUGUAUCUGUGUGCAUGUCUGAGUGUGUGUGCGUGUCUGAGUGUGUGUAUCUGUGUGCACGUCUGUGUGCA